CUGACGAGCUCCACUUUGACAGCUCACAGAUGUUUCUCUCAUUAUGAUGUCCAGAGUGUCCUCUUCACAGUUGGUGGGCCUCAGCCAGGUCUCCUCCUUUCCUCUUCAGAAGCUCCUUUUCUGCUGCCGUCAGUGGAGCAUGACAAACCUGGUGGAGACAGCAGCAGUCCGGUCCUAUCCUGUCCUCAGUUUCUUAACGAGAUGGAAGGAGACAUGGAAAAUAUCCUGGACCUGACUUGUUCCUGCUGCCCCACCAGCAGCACUACAGCUCCCAGUUACUGCAGCAAGGCAGCACCAGGUAGUUGCACCAACGCUGCUGUGUCCGUCCUGGAGGCUUGCACAGAAACUCAGCUGUGUUCUGCAAACCUCAUGAGGAGUUAUGAUGUUGAGCACGUAGACCUUGGAGCCAAAUACUACCAUAAAUACUUCUACAACAAAGAUCACCAGAACCUUUUUGGCAUUGAUCCGAAGUUUGGUCCGGUUGCCCUGAGCAUUCGACGAGAGGCUUUAGACGGAGAAAGGAAUCAAACAAAGUUCAACUACAGGAUCAUCCUCCGGACCGGCCAGCUGUCCACCCUCAGAGGUUCCAUCAUGGAGGACUCGGUUCCUUCUUCAUCCAAACACGGGACAAGUCAAGGUCUUCCCCUGAAGGAUGUCCUAGAGUUUGCCGUUCCAGGACUCGACAUCCAGAGUCUAAGAGUGGCCAACAGUUCCCCCAGAGUCCCUGAUCUUCUGCUCCAGCUGGACCAGCAGGAGCUCAUCGUCCAGCACACAGUUGGCCUGUUGCUGUGCCGGGCCGGUCAGACCACAGGGGAUGAAAUGUACAACAGGGACACCAGUAGUCCUGCCCUGAACCAGUUCCUAAACAUGCUGAGCCCCAUGGGCCCAAUGAAGCACCAAGACCAUCAAAGCACCUCUGGUGACUCAACAUCAACACAAUCGUUUUACACAGCGUUCCGAGAAUUUGGGUUGAUGAUCCACAUUUCUACGCUGCCCUCGACUGCUGCCGAUGAUACUACACAGAUGCUGAAGACGCGCCUUAUUGGGAACGACGUUGUCACAGUGAUUUUCCAGGAACCCGAUGCUCCGGCCUUCAACCUGCAAAACAUCCUCUCUCACUUCCUUUGUGUCUUCAUCAUCAUUAGAGUCCAUCAACCCUGUACGCAGCACACCUGUUACAGUGUGGAGGUUUUCAGGUGCAGGGGCAUCCCGUCCUUCGGUCCAACCAUCCCAGCUGGAUGGACGUUUCCUGCAUCAUCUGCCUUCAGAGACUUCCUGCUGACAAAGAUCAUUAAUGCCAAACAUGCCACCUGCAAAGCGCAGUCAUCUAUUGCCAAGGCGAGUCGUGCCCGGCAGGAACAGCUGAAGCAGCUGGUGGACACCUGUGUGACGUUGACGCCUUUGGACUUCUCCAACGUCAGGUUCAGCUUCAUCUCUCUGGGCGGGAAGAAAAAGGAGCGUUCGGCACCACAGCCGCAGGCUUACCUGCAGAGUUCUGGUGGGCUCACCUGGAGCGUAACGGUUCGGGAUCCAAGCAGCUCUGCUGCGGUCGCCUGCCAGCUGGCCAUCUCCAGUGAGCUGGUGGUGCUGAUUGAGGAGGCGGGCAGAAAGGUGGUGUUUAACUGUGCUUGCAGAGAUGUGAUUGGCUGGAGCGCCGCACAUGGAUCCAUCAAAUUGUUCUACCAACACGGACUGCGUGUGAUGUUUUCUACACGAGAUGGCCGAUGGGAGGACUCCCAGGAGAUCACACAAAGACUGCAGAUGGUGACCCGAGGCGGCGCCGCGACCAACGUGACUCUGAGGAGGAACCGGCUCGGUCAGCUCGGCUUUCACGUCAACGUUGAGGGCGUGGUGGCAGAUGUGGAGGCCCACGGCUUUGCCUGGCAGGCGGGUCUUCGUCCUGGCUGCAGGCUGGUGGAAAUCUGCUCAGUUGCAACGGUGACACUAUCUCACCAGCAGAUAAUCGAGUUGCUGAGGACGUCAACAAAGGUCACCGCAGUCAUCGUUCCACCACACAAAGACGGGACACCACGCAGGGCUUUCUCUGAAACCUACCGCCUCCCCCUGCUGGAAGGUGAGCUGGCCUCUGAUGUCACUUCCUGCCCCUAUAGAGUGGUUCCACCCAGUCGGCUGCCUCCUGCCCCGUCCACAGCCAUAGCGCCAUCCUGUCAGAGUCCAACCAAACGCAGCGGGUCCUCUGACAUGAAGGAAGGAAGCAGAGCCCCUCUAGAGUGGCUGAUGAGCUGUGAUGAAAGCACAGAGUCCAUGCAGGACAGGACCCAAUGGACCGGUAGAGUUAAAGAAACCAAACCCGCUUACCCUCCUCACCGAGGGACCACGGUCUUGAGUUCGAUAGACAGAGACAGCAGCAGCACACAGGAGAGGUUUGCAGCCAGAAGUUGUUCGAGUUGCAGCAACACGUUGUCCAGCAACAGUAGUGAUGGCAGAACUUCUACUCGUCAACUCGUCGGUCUCAGGGGGCUGUCGGUGGACAGCGGCAUCGACUCCACAACGUCCGCCAUGACGGGGGCUGCCGGGGCAACGCUGGUCCUUGCAGAUAUCCGGGGGAAGGAGACGGCUCGCCCAAACUGCAGACUGACUAGCGCUGUAGCUAGAGACUCUUGUGGAACCAGACAUUGCUCAGAAGGCAAAGUGAAGGUCAGGCCUCAUGUCCACUCACCUGAGGGAUUUGUAGCCUGUGCAGGUGACUCUGGCUUGGAUGCAGAGCCACUCUACAGCCAGGAUACCUGCCCAUGGGAGUCAGGGCUGAACCGCUUACAUACUUCAUUUCUGGAGAGGAGCAGACCCAGCUGCCAUCCAAUCAGAGACGUCUGUGUAUGUGAGAAGUCUGCCAGCAGAUGCUCCAGCUUCCCAGCCUCGUCUCCACAGAAACAUCUGAUCCACAGCAAGUCACUUGACACUUUGUCUCUUGCCAGCUGUGGUAGGACUCUGCAGACGCCCAUCCACAUGCUGCAGCGCCGUCACAGCAUGCUGCUGCAGAUUAUCAGCAGUCAACCACCUCUUCACAACAGUGCAUGUUCACCACCGUCUCUCUCUGACAAUCCGCUCCACCACAACCAGGAAGUGACAUCAGGGAGCGCCACCUUGGACAGUGACAUCACAGCUGCCCUCUCAAUGUCACAUCUGGAGGAGAUUGUUUAUCAGCUUCAGCUUGACCUGCUAAAGGAGCAGCAGGAAAAAGCAGCCUUGCAGCAGGAGGUUCUGAACCUUCGUCAGGAUAACCUCCGUCUGCAAGAGGAGGCUCAAAGCGCUGCUGAGCACAUUCGACGCUUCAGUGCUUGCAUGCUGCGCAGAAGGUCGUUUCCAUGACAAGAAACUACAGCAACACGGCUGUGGAGGUGUCCAAUUGAGACUUUACCUGCUGGAUGUUGUUAUAUUUGAUCUCAACCUUGAAGUAAAAUGAUGGAUUUUUUUAUUGUCAGUGGCAUAGAGGAAGCGAGCUCAGAAGGGUCUAACCUGGUGGAACCGUGGUGCUUUUCAGGAAGCACUGCAGGAUUCAGCAGUCUGUGUCCAUGAGCUUUACAUGUUUCAGCUCUUUGGCUCAUUGACAGAAAUUUUAUUCGGUUGGUACUUAUAGGUACUAACUGGAUUUUCCAUGCUGGACAUGAACACAGCAUUGCAUGCAGAAGAGCGUGAUGACGUCAGCGGUUACUGGUCCAGUCAACAGAGCAAGCAUGGCUCAAACUUCUGGGAAGAUGGUGACGGAAACUAACCCGCGGUCCUUUGCCGUAUGUCUCUCCCCCUCUUCCACCCCCUUCCUGUCAGUCUACUGUGUUAAAAAACGAGCCACUCCAAAAAAAAAAAAAAAGAAUUUGCAAGAUAAUCCAUUAGCCAUCGCUAACGUUAAGGCUGUGGAAUUCAAGGCCAAGGGGAUGAAGGAAUGCCGAGAAAAGACCAAGGAGUUAAUUGAAGAGGUGAAAAGACUGAAAGAGCAAAACGUUGAGUUGGAAGACAGAGCGGCAGAAUUGUAAAGAAAAGCUACUGAGAUGGAGCGAUACAGAAGAAGAUCGAACUUGAAUGGAUGAAAACACCCGAGAACUCACCGUUGAUCUCCUGUUGCAGAUUCUGCCUCACUGGAAGGUUUACAGCUAGGAGAUACAGGGAUGAACUUUGGAGAGCAACAAAAAGCCUCCUAAUCUGCAAGGGCCUAAACCUUCGCUUUGCAGGGCAUGUCACCAAAUAAGAGCCAUCUGACCUGAAGUGGAGCAGGCAAGGAAGGAGGGUCUGUAGACCACGUUCAAAGGUCCCUACGCUUCUUUUAAUGGUGAGAGAGUGAUGCCCUAAUCCUGCUGGGUCCAGGUUUAAUAUAGUUUAAGGUUCAUCAUGUUUGCAGGUGAUUGUUCUUUAGUUUUCCAUUUAAUACUCUUGGAAGUAGUACUGGUUAACCCUUUUAUUUGAAUUCAUAUUUUCUGUUCACUGUCUUACCAUCUUGCUUAAAAGUGAAAUCUCUUUUUAUCUCUAAAUGCAAGGUGUCUGAAAAAAACCCAUAAAAAGUAUAUUUUUAUUUUGUGUAGGGAAACGAGCACAAAUGUUAUUUAUUCAAUAAACUCAUUACACAUUA